GAAUAUACGGGUAACGUGGGGCAAAAAGCCCUUCGGGGUAAAAGGCCUUUCUUAAUUUUUGUGCGAAUGGCUUAUUGGAUGAUUCAAAUUAAGACUUCCUGAGAUAGCUCACUUCCGUUCUUUUAAUGCACGUUGAGCUCUGUUUGGUACCUUGUCAAUUUAUCGUCAUAGAUCACUUUGAAUUUUUCUACCCAUGUCACUAUAAGAAAAUGGUAAGAACUUACUACAGAAAAACGCAAAGGGGCUUGUAUGGACAACAAAAUUUGACAGAAGCUUUAAAAGCUAUCGCUGAUGGGAUGCCACUUAAUACUGUCUCCGAAACAUUCAAAAUCCCAGCGAAAACAUUAAGGCGACACAGAGACACCAAAGUUCAAAAUCCUGGAUCUCUUGUACUUGGCCGUUAUAGAAGUGACUUUAGUAAAGAUCAGGAUUUGGACCUAGUUGAACUCAUUACUAAAAUGGAGCAAUCCCUCUUUGGACUAAGCACUCUUGAUGUGCGUAAAUUAGCCUACGAAUUCGCUACAAAAUUAGGCAUUAAGCACAGAUUCAACACUGAGGCCAGAAUGGCUGGAAGAGAUUGGCUUUAUGGGUUUUUAACUAGACACCCACGACUGUCAAUACGCAAACCUCAGUCUUUCUCUAUUUCGAGACUUAUUGGAUUUAACAGACCGCAAGUCAGUGCUUUCUUCACUAUAUAUAUGAAUCUUUUAAACUGCCACAAUUUUACUCCAGACAAAAUCUGGAAUAUGGAUGAAACUGGAAUUUCAACAGUACAGAAACCAGUCAAAAAUUAUUGGCAGCAAAGGAACUCGACAAGUUGGCAGGGUGACAAGUGCAGAGCGUGGUCAGACUGUUACAGUUUUAUGUGCCAUGAAUGCUGCUGGAACAUAUAUUCCUCCAAUAUUCAUAUUUCCAAGGAAAAGAAUGGUGGAUUCCUUGAUGAAUGGCUGUGUCCCUGCAUCUAAAGGAUUGUGCACCCCCAGUGGUUGGACAGACAGUGAGUGUUUUAUAAACUGGCUGAAACAUUUCGCUGCAUUUGUAAAACCAAACCCCAAUGACAAGCACUUAAUUUUGUUAGAUGGCCAUCACAGCCACAAAACUUUGGAAGCAAUCAAUUUUGCAAGAGAAAAUGGUAUAGAACUGCUUACUUUUCCACCCCACUGCACACACAAACUACAACCUUUGGAUAGAACAUUUUUUAAAAGUCUAAAAUCUGCCUACAAUGCCUCUUCUGAUUCGUGGAUGAGUUGCCACAAAGGGCGCAGGAUUACGAGCUACGAGGUGGUGUCAAUUUUUUCAAAAGCCUAUGUAAAGGUAGCGACAAUAGAAAAGGCCAUGUCGGGGUUCUGUUGCACAGGUUUGUGGCCAGUAGAUUCGGACGUUUUCACAGACCGAGACUUUGCCCCAUCUAAUUUAACAGAUGAACCUGCCCCAUCUAGUUUAACAGAUGAACCACCAUGUGAACUCAUAGGUAAUCAAGAUUGCCAGCCCAAUGAACAGAGUGACUGCCAGCCCGAUGAACCACUCUGUGAACUCCUUUUUAGUAAUGAAAAUGGCCCGCCUGAUGCUGCAUCUAACUGUGCUCCUACACAACUCACAUCUUAUUCAGACAAAUGCUCUGAAGGUCCCAGUGCAUCUACAUCCAAAACCAUGUUAGAUGAAAUUAUCGGACCAGUUCGGGCAGCUACGCCAAGGGUCCGAAAAAGAGCUGCAGAAAAGGCGACGUUAUUAACUGCCUCGCCUUUUAAAAAGAGACUGGAAGAAAAAAAGAUAUCGGUACGCGUCUCAAGUAAGGUUGGUGGUGCUGCUUCCCAAACAACAAAAAAGGGGAAAGGAAAGGCAGCAAAGCAAACAGUCCCAGCUGUUAUUCCAUGUAGUAGCUGCUUUGAAAACUACUAUGAUGAUAAUAGUGGGCAAACAUGGACACAAUGCCAAAAUUGCCAACUUUGGUACCAAAAUAGCUGCCAAGGCUUGGGGGAAAAUUUUGUAGGAUCAUUUUUUUGCAUUGUCUGUGAUGAUGAAUAAAUCAAAUUACAUUUAUAAU